AAUGCCAAAACUUUUUUGUGGCUUCCGCAGCUUGGACAUUUGCCGUGUUGUACCCAACGUGGCACCAACGACGAAACGCGAUCACGGCAGCUCCAGCGUGAUAAAAAACAGUGCCAACACAAACAAAAAAUCGAAGCUGACCUUUCACUAUGGCAGCAUAAAGCCAACCGACAACUGGCUCAAGAGCGACGAUCUACCCAUCGUAGAGAGGCGCCAGAUGGAGCUGAGCCGGGGUGAACAGCUGAUGGACAUCCUACCGGAGAGUGAGAGCCACGAGGUCAGCCACACCAUCUGGGAACUGGAGAAGCCGUACCAAGCCCCAGAUGCGGGCAAGAAGAAAAACGGUACCAAAAUAAGCUACAUCAGUGUCACCAAAGGCAACAAGCGCGUCUGGACCAAAGACAAGCAGUCCAAGCUGGUCCCAAAGCCAUCAGUCUUGCCGGAACCGCUUCCGACCAAGAGCACGCGACGCACCAAACAGAAAGGAGAGCUGUUCCACUGCAGCGAGUGCGAGAAAAUCUUCAACCAUUCCUGGAUGCUGGUAGCCCACAUGCGAACCCACACGGGCGAGCGUCCAUUCACUUGCCCCGAACCGAAGUGCCGGAAGUCUUUCGCCGAUCGCUCUAAUCUGCGCUCGCAUCAGCGCACCAAGGGCCACCACACCUGGGACUAUCAGUGCGGCCAGUGUGGCAAGUAUUUCAAUCAAGAUAACUUCCUGAAGCGUCAUACCUUGGAGGCCUGUCGCAAGUAUCUGUUGAACAUUACCCAUAAGAAGGCCUAAUGGGGAAUCCGAAAUGUAUAUAAUUCAUGGUAUUGUACAUGGCUUAAAAAAAAAUA